GUCCAGUCAUCAUUGGUCACUUACUGGCUGGAGUACCACUGGUCACACACCGGAGAAACUUGACCAGCUAGUCGUACGGAAUUUGCUCAAACGUUUGGAUGCCAAAUGAAGUUGAUCAUGGUGAACGCAACGCUUGGUCUGUUGCUCUUAGUAACUGUGUUUUAUCUCUGCGAGGCACAAAGCAAUCGCUUCCGUUCUGUUUCGUCUUCACGAAGAUCGCCAAGCAGUCGGUUCACCAGAAGACCAUUCAGUGACAGACGUCAAUCAUCUCGUUUCCAACCUGUCAGGAGUAGGAGCUGGUCCCGAUCAUCUCCUUCACGGAUAGUGCCAAGGCAAAAUUCCUUCCGGCCAAGUAAUCAGUUUCAGCGUCAGCAAAAUGCUCCGGAACAGGGAACACAAAUAAACAGCAUUAACAACCUCAGCAAUGCGAUACUUCUAUCGGCUCUGUUGGGGAUGGAUAUGCCGAGGGAUCAAAGAAUGUCCAAUCAGAGGAUGAUCCUAUCGCACCUUCUCGGGGGUAGCCCAGCCCAGAACCAGUCACCAUUUUCAGGGUUUUCAGACAGAGGGUCAUCGUCAUCAUCAUCUAUAUUGUCUUCUAGUUCCCAUGGCAGCAGGUCGCCUGGGAGUUUUAUCAGCUCGCUUCCGGGGCAUAAUCUUAUUAUGCAGUCGUCAAAUCAGCCUCAGCCACAACCCUUAGUUAUAGAGGCUGGUGGUCAGAUACAGGUACAGGAAAUUAAAAAGCCGGACGGACAAACACAGGUGGUCAUAAACGCCGGUCAAAACAGUCCAUCGAGCAAUCGGGCCACUACCAAUGCGGCCAGCACUGUUUCCUUAUCAACAGUAAACCCGUACAUUUUAUCUGGCGAGGAUCCACCUGAGAAAGAACCAUCGCCAUUACAGGAUGUUCAGGAGUUAGCAAAAUUGCUAAAGGCAAUGGGAAUAAAUACAGCAAAGGCAGCGGCCGCGGUGGGCAGAUAAUCCGGGGGAAAUGUAGGAUACGUAACAGGAAAAUUUCAAAUAUUUAAACAUUAUUCAUGGAGCGUAGUAUCUUGCAGUUCUUAAUUAUCAUAGGCAUAUGAAGAAUGGUUCUGCCAUAUUUUUUUCCACGAUUAUUAGUUUUUUUUGGCAGAAAUGAGUGGUAACAGUAAUUCUCCUUAUUUUCAAUUGUUUAAAAAAAUGGGACUAGAAACGUGAUAUUCUAUGAGAUGUUAAUUCUGCUCUGCACAAAGGUGCGGUUCGAAGCAUUUUGCUAUGUUUGACCUUAUCUUCUGUGCUCUUUGCAACUGUCCUGUCUGUAUAAGUGUACAUGACCAUUAAUUAGACUCCUGUUAACCUAUAUAUACUUGUGACAUGUAAUAUUUCAUAUUUUCUGACUGUUCAACUUUAUGUAGUUGAAGGCAAGUACAUAUGAAUAAGUGAUAUAUUUGACGGUGUGAGUAUAGAGGUUGCUGUUAACAGAAGUGAAUUUGGUUGGGAUGGACUAGGAGGCGCAGUGUGAGAGGGGGAGGGAAAAAGAUGGAGCGUGGCUAUGCAAUGUGUAUGGUAACGAAGAGGUAGCGCCGUUGAGCGAGGAGGGAAGGAUGUGGGCAUUGCUCUGAAGUGUUUUGAGCAGGAGCACCGUGUGAGUGGAGAAGGAGAUAAUCUGAUGCUUGGUUGUGAAGAGUGUAUAUAGGGAAGGAGCGACGUGUGAGUGGGAGUAGCAUAAUGCUAGGCGUGGCUGUGAAGUGUGUGUAUCCAAAGAAAGUGUCGUGUGAGCGCGGGAGUGAAAGACGUGAGCCUUGAGAUUGGGGUUGUAGGGAAAACGUAAGCCGGGUUGUAAAAUGUGUGAGUAGGGAGGGACGGAUUGGGGUUGUAGGGAAAGCGUAGGCCGGGUUGUAAAAUGUGUGAGUAGGGAGGGACGGAUUGGGAUUGUAGGGAAAGCGUAGGCCGGGUUGUAAAAUGUGUGAGUAGGGAGGGACUGAUUGGGGCUGGACUGUGAAAUAUAUAUGGUGAUGAAGAGGGACGCCUUGUGAGCGCGAAAGGGAGGCUAGCGUUGGGGUUAGACAGAUAAGUAUCUGGGAAAGUGGAGGCAGGAGUUUAUUGGUGUAAUCAAAAGCAUUGGUGUACGGGCGAUUACUGGAAAGUAAUGGAAAUACAUUACAAUGGUAUUAUGGAAGCUGGGAGUAGUGUAUGGUGGGAGAGGGAUGGAGGGACGUAACGAUAACGAAUAGAACGCUUUAUGAGUGUAAAAGUAUAAUAUAAGAUAUAUUGAACCAAGGUCAAAUAACGUUAUUUCGAAUAUAUUUAAGACACGUAAUACUAUUUAUUGCCUGCUUACAAUUUGCUUAUAUCAAAUAUUCCAUUGUCUACAAUGUUUACAUAUCAAUAUUAUCAUUGAGUACAAUGGGAUAUAUUGUUUUCAAUGUAAUCUUAAUACAAUGUGAUUUUGUUCAGUUUUUCAUUAUCAAAUACAUCAUUUUGUUAAAUGUUUUAGAAUCGUUUCAUUUUUUGUGCUAUUUACAAUAUAUUUUAUAUAUUGUUGCAUACGUGUAUCGAAUGUUGUGUAAUUUUAUCGAAUGUUAUAGAAUGUCUGUAUUGAACAUUCAUUGUUUAUAAUUUUCGAAUAUCUAUUAAAACACUUAAUUGUUGAUUAGUUGUUUAUUUUUGCUUGGAUAAAACAAUUAACUUGGAGGUGCUACAUCUCCGUCAAGGAAUAUUUUAAUCAAUUGAGAAAAUUUACCACGCGCCAAAAUUGUGAUCUUCUCUUCUUUGUUUUUAUAAAUUGAAAGUAAAUUAAUUAUUGCACCCUGAAUAAAUUCUAUUGUACCUCAUUCCUUUUUUGAUAUAUCUAUCCAAUCAUCACUACUUGAUUAGAUACUUUACUUUACCGUAGGUGUUCUUUGGAUAUUGAAAGAAAUCAUUUUGAGAAGCAAUUAUUAAUUGUUUUAUCUGUUGAUGUGAAUAAGAUGAAAUGUUUGCCAUUAUUUUUUUUGGUGACAAGCAUCCCUUUGCUGUCGGCGAUAUGCCACCAUAAGGUAACACUUUUCAGUGUUAUGUUGCACUUAAUUCUGGAAAAGGGUUACAGAAAUAAAUACACCUAAUGUUUGCUGAUGACAGAAGCGACAGAAACGUAUUUAUAACUUGUCGCUUAUGAAAAUAAAAAUGAUAUCCGAAGUCGAG